AUGCCGCUCCUCACGCCGACGCGCGCCCUCGUCGUCUUGACCUCGUUCCUGCUCGUCAGUUUCCUCUGGACAUGGGGGUUACCGCACCAAUACGCUGCGCCUACGCUGCCGAUAGUCAACCAUGAUAAGGGAGAAGAGAAACCAAUUGCCGGGCAACUUCUUCCGGAACCGUUGAUUGCAAAUGUGGGCGCAGAGGGCGCGAAGAAUGAGAAGGCCACACCUACGACGCUUGUGACGGAGAUGAAGCCUGGUCCUACCAGGUCGGCAGACAUAGGCUCUGAUAAGAAUUGCAAAGAUGUGCGCGGCGCGUCGGACGUUAUGAUCGUUAUCCGGACCAGCAGAGCAGAGGUGGAGAAGCCUCCAGCCCACCUUGUGAAGCUGCUGGCCUGCGCACACCACUUCCUCAUCUUCAGCGAUCACGAAGGCGAGAUCGACGGUCAUCCUAUACACGAUGCGCUCGAUAUCAUUCCAAAUACAACAAGAUCAAAUCACGAAGAAUUUCUAGAGUACGAGAAAAUGAAGGCGGACAAGAAAUACAAGCCGAGCACGGAGAAGGCAAAGGCAUUAGACAAGUGGAAAUGGCUUCCCAUGGUGUACAAGGUGGCAACAAUGGCGCCGAAUCAUAGAUUCUACAUGUUUAUCGAGCCCGAAACGAGCUUGAGCUGGACGAAUCUUUUGCAGUGGCUGGACCGCCUGGACUACCGCAUCCCCUACUACAGCGGCGUACCCGAUACUGUGGAUGACAAGAGAUACGCGCAGCGCAGUCCCGGCAUCAUGCUCUCGUACGGUGCUCUGCAGCAGUACUGGCCAAGACACGAGGAGCUGUAUGCGACAGAGUGGGAACCUCUAGCUGCGACGGAGUCCCGCGGCUCCCUCAUUCUCGCGACCGCCAUGAAGCAAGCGCACGUCGAAUUCUACUCUUCCUUCGGCCUUCUGGACCCCGAGACCCCGAGCAGUCUGAUCUGGGGCCAAAAGUUUUGGUGCACACCUGUUGUCUCCUGGCAUGGCUUGACUUCUACUCAAGCCGACUCACUCUGGGAUACGCAAGAAGCCUGGACGAAGAAACACGGCUGGGCUACGCCGUACACGCACUACAAUGCUUUCGAGCAGUUCGUCAAGCCGCAUCUGGCAGAGCAGAAAGAAGACUGGGAUAACGUGUCGUCGGACACGCAGCUUACUGCGGAGUCAGGCCGGCGCGAGAAGCUGGCUAAGCAGAAGGCGGAGGGCAAGGCCGAAGGGACGAUCGAACACCAAGUACCCAAGGACCCACCCAAAGACGCAAGUAAAAACACAAAACCAUUCCCCAAACGUGACGACUCCCUCGACACCCUCUUCCAAGUCGCCGCCGACAGCCCCGAAAACUGCAAGGCCACAUGCCAGAAGACAGACGACUGUCUCCAGUGGAAGUACACCCCCGCCGGCGACGGGGCGUGCCACCUCGGCAAAUCUCUACGUCUUGGUGCGAAGGUCAACCCCGAUGCUAAGGGAAAGUGGACGAGUGGCUGGAUGUUAGAUCGCGUCAAUAGGAUCACGGAGGAGUGGGGCAGGUGCGAGAGGGCGGAGUGGAGGUUCAAUCAGUAG